AACAUGUCCCAGUGUAAAAUCUAAUAUCUAAUUUUAGAAUUCGUCACAGCUCAUCCGUCUUGUCUUGUAUCUGCGACAAACAUGCGUGUGUUAAUGUAAAAUAAUAUUUAAACAAUUUAUCGAUCCUUUAUGAAAUCAUGUCUUUUACAAAAGGGUAUAUAAAAUUUAGCGAAUUUUUCAAGAUCGCUUACGACGCCGCAACUGUGGAACCGUAUGCAAAUCGUUUCAAGGAAUUAUCUUCAAAUGGAGAUAGGGAAGGAAUGAUAAAGAUUCUUAUGGACAUACCGUAUAUAGAGAACGUAAAAAUUGUUCAAUCGUACAAGGGUAAGGAUGACAUUAAAGCGAUAGAACUUUACGGGAAUAGUCAUGGGGAAAUAGCUAACGAUGGAGUAGUGCACGAACGGGGAAAUAAAAGUGAUAUUCUUACCGAAACACUGUUUACGGCCAGUGUCACCAGUAGAGUGUUCCUGGACGCGCUUUCAGAUUGCGCACAGUAUUGCUAUAAUUCGAAAGCUUUCGUAAAAUGCCUAAAAUAUUGUGAAUGCAUGCUUGCACUUCCUGAAAACCUUUACGAUAAAACUACCGAAAGUAUGAAUGAUUUCUUGGAGCAUAGAAAAGCAUGUACCCACUUACAACAUGAAUGCUCCAAAAAGUUGAAAGUACCGUCUUCUCAGGACAAAAGACUACGUAGAAAAUUGAACAAGAACCAAAGUGGUUCGACGUUGAAUCCAUUAUCAACGAAUCGUACACCAACAAUACCCCCUGUAGAUGGGAAACAACAUACCGUUCUUAAAAGUUGUUCCGAUGCUGUGACAAUGAAAUUUGACGAGAAAAAAGGUCGACAUCUCAUAGCUACCAAAAACAUUAAUGCAGGAAGUGUCCUAAUCGUCGAACAACCAUUUGCUUUCAGUACGAAUAAAGAGGCACUUAAUAGGAAUUGUUUACAUUGUCAUGUUACUCUUAAAUCAAACGACAGUGUUAAAAUUCCUUGCUAUUUUUGUCAAACAGUAUCUUACUGUUCAGAAAAGUGUCGCAAAGAGGCAUGGCAAAUGUACCAUCAGUACGAAUGUUUCAUAUUUGAUGCUUUUUACGAAAACGAUUCUGAACAAACGCAACGACACACUUCACACUUGUUAUUAGCUUAUAGACUGAUAGUCGCAGGAUUUAUAUCUUCCAACACUGAACACAUUAACAAUAAUACAGAAGAAAGUGAAAUUCCUUUCCUGAAUGACAAUUUUCUGCGGUAUCAUAUUACAAACGCAAAUAAAGAGUAUAGCAAUUUAGGAAUAAGCGAGGCUUAUAACUCUCACGAUUAUCAUACUGUAUUAAAUUUAGAAACUCAUUGCUCGGACAUGGAACCUCGCAUAAAUCUUAUCCGUGCUAUCGAAGCUAUAUUCUUGGCAAAGUGCUUCACUUUUGUCUUGGGUAUAAUGGACGUUGUUUGCUUGAAAGAAACUUUCAUCUCUUUGGCUGUAGCAACAUUGCACCACUUGCAGGCUAUUAAUUGCAAUGCUUAUGAGAUUGUAGAAAACAUAUACGAUAAAGAAACGCAUGUUUGGGAACCAAGGCAUGUAGGCGGCGCAAUUUAUCCCACGGUUAGCCUUGUAAAUCAUAGUUGUUAUCCAAACGUCGUCCGUCAUUCUUAUCCAUCAGGAAUAGUUGUAGUGAGAACAUUACGCUUUAUCGGUGAGGGUACCGAAAUUCUUGAUUGUUAUGGACCACACUGGCUUAGUGAGGGAAGAUUAUCGAGGCGUGAAUUCUUGUGGAAAAAGUAUCGUUUUGUGUGUGCAUGUGAAGCUUGUACACAAAAUUGGCAAUAUCCGCUACCCGAAACAAUGAAUUAUAAAUGUAAAACGUGUUCAGAAAUUAUUGGCACGAUUACACUAAAUGAAAAAAAUAAUACACAAAUCGCAUCGUGUGAACAAUGUUGCAACUGUACUAAGAAAAUUGAUUACAAGAAAAUAAAAAAUCAAUUUCGAAAAUCAUUAGAGAAAAGAUUAAAUGCCACUUCUCAAAUGUAUAAAGGUCAUUAUGAGCAGGCUCUGCCCCAGUUGCUUGAGCACAUACAAUUUAUUGAAAAGUUUUUUGCUGCACCCAACAUGGAAACUAUCAAAACACAACAAUGUAUUAUUCAAUGUUACAAUCAGUGUGGCUGCAUCUCUCAAUAA